AUGCUCUCCAAGCUUUCUCUUGCAGCGCUCGCGGGGGUAUUGCUCUCUCCUGUAGCGGGAGGGCCUGUCAACGCCAACGACCACUCCCCCGCCAGCAAGAGAUCUCCACUAGGGCUCAGCCUGCCUCCUUUGAUUCCCUCCAUCCCAGGCGUUACGGAGCCUCUUGCCUCCAACGCGCCGCCCCUUCCUAUUCUCCAGAUCCCCACGCCUCCCAUUGAUAGCCCCCCUUUCACGGGUGCCAACAUCAAGCCCAAGAAAAUUGGAUACUUUUGGACUGGGGCAGGUGACAACAUUCACAAAGACUUCCUGGUGACUGCCAGUCUGGACGACGAUACGUUUGGGCAAAUCAUCACCGUCACCGAUGUCCCUACCAGUGGCAACUCGCCUCAUCACUUGGGAAGCUCACUCGAUGGCAAGACCCUCAUCGGAGGUGGACUUCUCUCACUGUUGAAGACCCAGGAUACGGCUUUCUACUUUGACGUGUCGAACCCGUAUGCCCCCAAGUUGAAGAAGUCCAACCGUGCUCUUUUAAGCUCUAUCGUGGACGAGAUCAGAGCUAAGCCUGAGGGUGGAUUCUUCAUCACAUACAUGGGUAGCGCAGUAGGCACCUCCCCCGGUCGCCUUGUCGAGACAAAUGCCGAGGGAGACAUUAUUCACGAAUGGCCUGAGGAUGUUGCUGGCACGCUGAACAUCCUUGGCGAGCAGUUCAGCCCCCACGGUCUGGCUGUGGACUUCAACAAGGGCAUCAUUUUGACGUCUGAUUUCGUUGUUCCCAUCACCAUCCUCAAGCCGACCCUGGGUAUUCAGAAGGCGAGCACGCUAAGGCUGUGGAACUUGUCUGACCGGACGAUCAUUUCGACCAUCACCAUCCCUAACGGACUCGGCAUUCAAGAUGUGAAGUUCAUCCCAGGAAAUCCCGAAAGCGCUGCCAUCGCAACCGCCGUCGGCCCAGGCCAAGUCUGGAUCAUCUAUCCCUUCCGCCGCGACUCGUCCGGCAAGCAGGGCGUCGCCGAGCUGCUCUACGACCUCGGCUCAAAGGCGAAGGACUCCCUGGCCAUCUACUCGGAUAUCAGCGACGACGGCAAGCUGGCGUACUUCACCAUCACACUCGGCAACCAUGUCGCGGCGCUCGACAUCUCAGACUUGAACAACGUCAAGAGGCUCGACGACCCGAACGAGACGCAGCCCAUCAUCGGGCCGCACUACGUCAAGAUCAGCCCCGACAAGAAGAACCUGCUUGUUACCGGAUACUUCGUCCAGGGCGGCGAUAUCUCGAUUGUCAACACCCCCGGGGACUACAAGGGCCACUGGAUUGACAUUCUCCCCAACGGAGGGCUCAGCUUCAACAGAACGAUCGAUUUCGAAAGCAUCUUCACCCGCGACCGUGGUGGUGCUCGGCCUCAUUCUUCCGUCAUUUUCGACCUCACCGAUCCCGAGAACCCCAAGUACUACUGA